CCCUGGUUCUCUGCUGCUGCCCGCGCGCAAGCUCCGGACCAGACACUGUGGAGGCGCGUGUCCGCACGAGGCGAGACCUUUAAGUACAGACCUUUGGAUUUCUCGGUCACGUGACACACAUCCCCAACCUGCACCUCGCGGCAGCCGGUGUGUCGUUCUGCUCUCGCGAAUGAUCCAAGUUGCAGGAUGGCAGAGGGUCCCAGGUCAUGCGACUGCUUUGUGUCACUGCCCCCUGGAUCCAAACAUGACCAAGUGAUUUUUGGGAAGAACUCAGACCGACCCCGUGAUGAGGUCCAAGAGGUGACGUACUACCCUGCAGCAAACCAUCCACCAGGCUCAGUACUGGAGUGCACGUACAUCCAGAUUCCUCAGGUGGAGCGGACUCAUGCAGUGGUGCUCAGUAAACCUGCCUGGAUGUGGGGGGCCGAGAUGGGGGCAAAUGAUCAGGGCGUGUGCAUUGGCAACGAGGCAGUGUGGACCAAAGAGGAAGUGAACCCUGGAGAGGCUCUGCUCGGCAUGGACCUGCUACGUUUGGGUCUGGAGCGCGGGGACACUGCGUGGAAUGCCCUCUCUGUCAUCACUGAGUUACUGCAGCAGCAUGGACAGGGAGGUCAGUGCAGAGAGGAUCCCAAGCCCUUCUCCUACCACAACACCUUCCUGCUGGUCGACCGCUCUGAGGCCUGGGUGCUGGAGACAGCGGGCAGGUUGUGGGUGGCUCAGAAGGUCACAGAGGGAGUAAAGAACAUCUCGAACCAGCUGACCGUCUCUACAGAGAUCUCUGCAGAGCACCCAGAGCUGCGGGCCGUGGCUCAGGCCCAGGGCUGGUGGGAUGGUCAGGGCGUCUUCAACUUUGGUCAGGUGUUCACCCCAGAGCAGCCCCCCGCCCGCAUGGAGCUGGCCAAACAGCGUUACAGAGGGGGCACAGAGCUGCUGCAGCAACAUGACGGUUCAGUCACAGCAGAGGUGAUGAUGUCCAUAUUGAGAGACAAACCCAGUGGUAUAUGUAUGGACUCUGAAGGCUUCAGGACCACUGGGAGCAUGGUCUCACUUCUACCCAGAGACCCCAGCCUGCCCUGUGUGCACUUCUUCACUGCCACCCCAGACCCAUCCAGGUCUAUCUUCAAGCCUUUUCUGUUUACCGACUGUAUCACUCCAGUGCUGAGGGUCGUCUCCCCACAGUUUGGUCCAGACGAUCCGGUCAGAAAACAGCCACGUUUUCAGAGCAAAGUCGACCGCAGACACGACCUGUACAAAGCCCACCAGGUGGCGCUGCACACUAUGGAGACCAACCCGGAUGAGGGCUUAGUAAUUUAUGAGAUUUUGCGUGAACUGGAGUCGCAGUGUCUGAGCGAGAUUUCGGCGAUGCUGAAUGGAGAGAUCACAGAGAGCGACGAGCUUGGAGACCUGUUCUUUGACUGCGUGGACACAGAAAUCAAGUUCUACCAGUGACCAGGGCCAGCGCCCUCAGGUGGAUGCUUUGAGCAAUCGCAGCAGGAGGUGGCCCUGAAGACUUUUGUUACUCUAGUGGCCUCAGCUUCACUCACUCUCUUCUCAUACCAUCUUUAACAUUGACUAAAGCAGAUUAUCAUCAAAAUCACCAUGGAGACACAGCACCUCAUAGUUGGCAUAGAGACAACACAGAAGAAAGCCCUCUAGAAAUGUAAAGAAGUUAUAUAGUACUGUAAGAAAAGCCAUUUGACAUUUCAGAUUAUGUGUUUUUGAUGAAUGACUUGGCAUUGAUUGAUUAUUUUAAGAAAGAUCUAAUAAAGUUCAUAGUCAGCUAC